GGGGCGGGGGAGGGAGACAGCCGCAAGGACCCCUGGGAGUUGACGCCUUUCAGGGGUUGCUAUGGCCCCGGGGGCGGGGCGGGCGCUUGGGCCCACUCGGCGGUUUGGCCGGGGGGAGGGGUUUCGGAGGCCCCGCCCCGGCCCCGCCCCCCGCCGCCAUGCGGCCCGCCUGGACUGCGCUCUGGCUACGCCUUGCCUUGGCUCUGGGCCUGGCCCUCGUUGGCCCCCUGCCUGUGGGGUGGUCCUCGGCCCGGGUCCCCAUCUAUGUCAGCAGCUGGGCCGUGCGGGUGUCCCAGGGUUACCGGGAGGCCGAGCGCCUGGCGCGCAAAUUCGGCUUCGUCUACCUGGGGCAGAUCUUUCCUGACGGGCAGUACUUCCACCUGAGGCACCGGGGCGUGGUCCAGCAGUCCCUGAGCCCACACUGGGGCCAUCGCCUGCGCCUGAAAAAAGACCCCAAGGUGCAGUGGUUCGAGCAGCAGACGCUGCGGCGGCGUGUCAAGCGCUCGGUGGUGGUGCCCACGGACCCCUGGUUCUCCAAGCAGUGGUACAUGAACAACAAGGUGCGGCCGGACCUGAACGUCCUGCAGGUCUGGAGCCAGGGGCUGUCAGGCCGGGGCAUUGUGAUCUCUGUCCUGGACGAUGGCAUCGAGAAGGACCACCCGGACCUCUGGGCCAACUACGACCCCCUGGCCAGCUACGACUUCAAUGACUACGACCCAGACCCCCAGCCGCGAUACACGCCCGGCGACGAGAACCGGCACGGGACCCGCUGUGCCGGGGAAGUGGCCGCAAUCGCAAACAACGGGUUCUGUGGAGCGGGUGUCGCCUACAAUGCCCGGAUCGGAGGUGUGCGCAUGCUGGACGGCACCAUCACGGACGUCAUCGAGGCCCAGUCGCUGAGCCUGCAGCCGCAGCACAUCCACAUCUACAGCGCCAGCUGGGGCCCCGAGGACGACGGCCGCACGGUGGAUGGCCCGGGCGUCCUCACCCGCGAGGCCUUCAGGCGCGGCGUGACCAAGGGCCGCGGUGGGCUGGGCACUCUCUUCGUCUGGGCGUCGGGCAACGGCGGCCUGCACUACGACAAUUGCAACUGCGACGGCUACACCAACAGCGUGUACACGCUCUCCGUGGGCAGCACCACCCGCGAGGGCCGCGCGCCCUGGUACAGCGAGGCCUGCGCCUCCACGCUCACCACCACCUACAGCAGCGGCGUGGCCACCGACCCGCAGAUCGUCACCACGGAUCUGCACCACCGGUGCACGGACAAACACACGGGCACCUCGGCGUCGGCCCCGCUGGCCGCGGGCAUGAUCGCCCUGGCUCUGGAGGCCAACCCGUUCUUGACAUGGAGGGAUAUGCAGCACUUGGUGGUCCGUGCGUCCAGACCCGCGCAGCUCCAGGCUGAGGACUGGAGGACCAACGGCGUGGGGCGCCAAGUGAGCCACCACUAUGGCUAUGGGCUGCUGGAUGCCAGGUUGCUGGUGGACAUGGCUCGAACGUGGCUGCCCACACAGCGCCAGCAGAAGUGCGUCAUUGAGAUCGUACACACCCCCACGCCCGCAGAAGGGGCGCUCACAGCCCGCACCGCCCCCAGCCCCAUCUUGCCGCUGACGCAAGUGAGGAGGAACGUGUCGGCGUGCGCUGGCCGAGCCAACCACAUCCGCUCGCUGGAGCACGUGCAGGUGCAGCUCUCACUGUCCUACAGUCGCCGUGGGGACCUGGAGAUCUCGCUCACGAGCCCCAUGGGCACCCGCUCCACGCUCGUGGCCAUCAGACCCUUGGACGUCAGCGGCCAAGGCUACAACAACUGGAUCUUUAUGUCCACCCACUUCUGGGACGAGGACCCGCGGGGCCCGUGGACGCUGGGCCUGGAAAACAAGGGCUACUACUUCAACACGGGGACGCUGUACCGCUACACGCUGCUGCUCUACGGGACGGCCGAGGACAUGACGGCGCGGCCCCCGGGCCCCCAGGUGACCAGCAGCGCGUGCGUGCAGCGGGACACAGAGGGGCCGUGCCAGGAACGCCACGGCCCCGCCCACGUCCUCGGCCACCUCCGCCUCUCCUACUGCCCGCCCAGGUACCUCGGCCACACCCGGCAGGCGGUGACCGCUGGGCCUGGCCGCUCCCGCCCUGUGCGUCUGCUCGAGCCGCCGCGCCUCCUGCUACACCUGCCUCGGCCGCUCCCUGCUCCCCUGCACUGCCUGCCCCCCCGGCCUCCACGCUGGACGAGCGUCGCGGCUCCUGCUCAGGACCCGUCCCUCCCAGCGGCCUCCCCGCAGCCCGCCGCAGUCGCCCACCCCGGCCGCCACCGCGGCCGAGCCCGGGCCGUGGUACUGGCCCCGCUGGCCGUGGCCUUCGGGAGCCCCUCACUCCGCAGCGUCCUCGCUGUAGGCUGCCCACCGCUGUGUGCGGGGGCCCCCCCCGCCACCACCCCAGGUCCAGCUGCUGGCCGGGACCUAGAGACACCUGAGUAGGGGGCAGACGUGUGUCUGUGCAGGCACUGCCAUCCUGCUCCUUUGCUCCAGACUGGAACCUGGGCGGGGGGGUGCAGGGACCCGCCCCCGGAGGCUCUGGCUAAUCACUGAGGCCCUCAGGCCAGGGGCGGCCUGCUGGAAUCCCGAACCCGAAAUUGGCAGGUCCGGGUGAAAGAGAGAGAGAGAAGUCUAGCUACACGGGUGGGGGUGGGGGCAGGGUGGGAUGGGGCAGAGGCUGGGCUGUGACAGCCGUCCCCUCCCAGCCCCAGAAGUGGGGGGAGGGGCAAGGGGAACCAAUGACAGCACCCAGAGUCUCUGGCACCAUGUCAGACCUCGGAGUUUGCAAAUAAAGGUUGAAUAGGAGGUGCCAAGUCUGUGGUCUCCUUUGGGGCAGGGGCAGGCCCCCGUCCCCAUGGCAUGGUUGGGGGUUCCCCCGCACCCCGCUUGGAAACGGUCUUCUCCUGGAGGACCCUGUGGCCCACAGGGAAAAGGGGCAGCUGGGGCCCGGGGCCCCCAGUCUGGUGGGGGCAGGAGUGAAGUGGGGGGUUCCCAGGGCGGCACGCUGCAUUCCUAACUCCUCCUAAGUUUCCCUCGUCCUGUUGGGGUGUUUCCCUUUGACGCUGAUCUUUAAGAGAAGCACGAGUCCCAAAUGAGCAUGCGUGCGGCUGUUCCCCGCCCCGCAGGUGGGUCUAUGAAGCUAUAACAAUCGUGCUGCUUCUCUACUCCCCGAGAGUCGUGGGGAGGCCGAGGGAAUUAUGGGCUGGAGGCAUGUUGCUUUCACUGGCCCCCAAGCUGGAUUUUCCCGUUCUGGACGUUUCACACACGUGGACUCACACCCUGCGUGGCCUCUCGUGUCUGGUUCCCUCCCUGAGUUUUGUGUGUUCAGCCCUGCAGACGGCGGGUGUCCUCGCUCCUGCUCGCGGCCGAGUGGGCGGGCUGUGUGUUGAUCCAUUCAUCCAUCCAUGCACAGUUGGGCUGUUUCUACAUCCUGCGAAUUGUGAAUCCUGCUGCUGUGAGCAUGUGUGCGGAUCUGAGCACCUGCCAGGGCCGGGCCGUGCGUCCAGGGGUGCUUGGCCACCUUCUUGCAGUUUUGGUGGCCUCAUCUGUGCAACAGCACCAAGCCCAGCGCUUGCUUCACCCGACGUAAGAUCGAGAGAGAUAGUUUUCCCACUGGCACACAGCAAGCACCCAAAAUGUGCCCGCGGGGGGCAGACACUUCGGGAAACCGGUUCUGUAAACCAUUCAUCAUCAGAGUUACCGUAUGACCCAGCAGUUCGGCUUCUAGGCAUGUCCCCAAGAGAGACAAGAACAUAUAUCUGCACAAAACCGUUACAGGGAUAUUCUCAGCAGGAGGAAUCACGACAACCGAAGAUGGAAACAACCGAGAUGCCCAUCAAGGGACGGACGGUCAAUGUGCCCAUCGCGCACGCGCACGUCACUCAGGUGUGUCCACGCACGCGCACGUCCACAGAUAAACGUCAGGAGUGAGGCGUCCACACCCGCCGCCCCGCGGACGGACCCCGAACACACGACGCUCAGGGAGGGAACGCGACACGAGAGGCCACACGGGCUGUGAGUCCGCGUGUGUGAAACGUCCAGAACAGGCCCGUGCACGGACGGGAAGGGGCUCGUGGGGGCCAGAGACUG